AUCCGCCUGAAGCCCACCCGCAAGUUUGCUUUCCUGGGUCGACUGGCACACGAGGUGGGCUGGAAGUACCAAGCAGUGACAGCGGCGCUGGAGGAGAAGCGGAAGGAGAAAGCGAAGCUGCGCUAUAACAAGAAGAAAAAGCUGAUG